GACAAAGUAAAUUGAUUUUCAUAGCUUAAAAAGUAUCUUUCCUCGUGGGAUCGACCCUUACUUGCCCUAUCUAUAUGUUUUAAUCAAUAUUAAUGCAUAAAGGGGGUUAAGAGUUAAGGAAAAUAAUAAAUUAAUUUGUAGGUGCUACGACACGCCUAACAGACAGAUGAUAGAAAGAUCCAUAAUCCCACUUAGAGAUAAGUUAGGGAGCAAGAGGGAGGAGAAUGCUGCUAUUGGUACAAUCAUCUUCCAUUUCUCAUCCUCUUCCUCUGCAACACAGUAGUAGCAGUAUCAACACUGCACCUCUCCUGCCAAUAUUAACGCCUACCAGAAAGCUGCAAGCUUUUUCUCUCCCACUCCAUAGUCAUAAUGGGUCCCAAUCAUCAGCAUCCCCAUCCGUUUCUUGCCGCUUUCUACAAAGACCCGCCAAGCAUUCUUCAUUCCAGGUUUUUGGAAGCAGACCUGAAAUUUUUAGUUUCGUUUCAAAGGACCUUAAGGGAUUUCCAUUAAACUUGUUAACGUUUGAAGAUAUAACUAGUAUGGAUAGACCAUUUGCUGGUAUAUCUGCUUUUACAUAUGGCUCAAUGUUGUGGUUUACAUCGGGACAAGUCUCACAUGCUAGUGAAGGUGUCAAUGUGAAUAUGGUUUAUGAGACUGGAGAGUUGUUUGAACUUGGGAUUCAGCUUACAUACCUGCUCUUGCUAGUAGCACUACUUGGAGCUGGAAGUUUUUUUGUCAUCCGUCAAGUCCUUAUCCGUAGAGAGCUUGAUCUUUCUGCCAAAGAAUUGCAAGAGCAAGUUAGAAGUGGUGGUGCUAGCUCAAAGGAGCUAUUUGAACUUGGAGCUGUUAUGCUGAGAAGAAAACUUUAUCCCGCUGCAACUAGGUAUUUGCUUCAGGCUAUAGAGAAAUGGGAUGGAGAUCGCCAGGACCUUUCCCAAGUUUACAACGCGCUUGGUGUGAGUUAUGUUCGUGAUGAGAAAAUUGACAAGGGAAUUGCCCAAUUUGAGAAUGCUGUAAAGCUUCAGCCUGGUUACGUCACUGCCUGGAACAACCUCGGCGAUGCCUACGAGAAAAAUAAGGACUUGGAGAAAGCUCUCAGAGCAUUUGAAGAAGUCCUACUUUUUGACCCCAACAAUAAGGUAGCGCGACCCAGGCGAGAUGCAUUGAAGGAUAAAGUAACAACGUUUAAAGGAGUUCCUGUUAUAUCAAAGAAGAGAUGAGUUGGAAUGAGCCUGCAUGAUGAUAAAAUAAUUCUACUUUUCAUAGUCUUAUGACCUGAAUUGAUUUGCACGAAAUUGAAUCAGUCUGUAUUGUAAGUAAAGCUAGGUAUAAUUCGUGAAAAUUCAUUUUGAAUUAAGAGAAUGUUCAUUUUCAACCGUACUGUUCAUUCUGAAGCUUGUUUAGCAUAAUGUUCAUUCUGAAAAAUCAUGGUAUUUAUUUUGAAGCAUUUUUUAUUAUUCCAUACAAGUUUACCAUGAU